AUGGUCAAAUCUCGCGUGGAAGUCCUCCAUCGCAACCUUGGGCCGUCCAGCAUAUGGAAUCAAUCUGGCGAGGUUCCGCGUCUCUCGCCGGAUAAAGCACGCCACCUUAUUGAUACUUUAGGUUGCGAAUUUGACGGUGGAGGCUCAUUCGCACCAGGUGAUGGUGAAGCCUGGGGUCUUUUUAAAGUGGCACUUGAUCUUUACCCGAGAGUCUUGCUGCUAAACACAGACCUGCUAGAGGUGCAGGCAAUCACAGCCAUGAUACAAGGAAAGAUCAUAUCUGAAGCGGCGCGCGUUGCCCAGCGAGCAUUCUUAAACAAAGCGUCAACGAGUAGUGACGCCACAAUUCGUAGUCGAGCUUUCUGGGUGGUGUAUUACAUUGAAAAAACGGUCACCUUUCAUCAUGGAACCACUUCGUUCAUUGUAGACUGUGACAUUGGCUCGCCCAUACCUAUCGUCCAAGAGGCAGUGUUCGGUGACUUUGACUGGUUUCUCACCUCAGUCAGAUUUGCAAGGCUCUAUUCGCGCACCUUCACCGACCUGUUCUCUAUAAGCGCAACGACUAACUCAAAGACGGCAUAUCUUGCCAAGAUUCAUGAACUCGAGAUGCUUUUAGAACAGCAAUGUCAAAUGAUCCCUCCUCAAUUCCAACCUGGCACCAAGCUGCGACCGCAAACAUUCUCGCAUCCAUGUGAAAUUGCUGCAGCCCUUCGGGUUCACUACCACUAUCAUGAGCUCAAGAUUGCUCUUCACCGCUUGAAGCUUCAUGUUACUCGCGGCCAAUCCUCCUCCCAGUCGCCAUCAGACAUUAUUGAGAUGAUGAAUUCAGCACGGGCCGUGAUUGACCUCACACGAGUCAUUUAUCAAGAGUCGUCUACCCCAUUUUUUAUCAUGAUCUUCAUGCCCCUCACGGCGUUGUUCAUCUUGUUCGACCUUAUUAUUCAUUAUCCAGCCCAUCACGAUGCUCGCAGUAAUCUAGUCUUACUUGAAAGUGUGACUGGCUAUUUUAGUGCGCUUGAGUAUGCUACUAGCGGAUAUCUACCAGGCUCUAUGUUGAUACAGUUUGCGUCGAUCGCGCGCGCAUUUCAUUCGUCUUCUCAAAGGGCUCAUGUAGAAGAUAUCAACAGCGGCAACAGUGGCAUGGGUAUCACCCUUGACCACCCCACGCCUGAAACGUUGGGCACAGGCUCAAGCACCAAUAGCCAGAUGCCCUGGGAGAGCAGGCUCACUCCUGGUCUGGAGAUCAUGGACCUCUUUGGAGGCCCACUGCUUGGUGUUGAUUUUUUCUCUGCGUCAAAUUGA